GCUGAGGCCCAGGUGGAGGAGGGUGGUGACCAGCAGAGGGACGGAGGCGGGACAGCACUUGGCAGGAGCCCAAGGGACGGGAGCCACCCAGCUCUGUCCUCGCUGCAGCAGUCUCUCUGGCAGCACAGGCCCCUGCCAACCACACUCCUCAGAGGACACUUGAGGCUCCCUGGACCCCCAGCCAGGCACCUAUGCCCACCAGGAUCAGUGAGGAUAGAGACCCACCAACCAGGAAGGACAGAGACCCACCCACCAGGAAGUAUGGAGGCCCACCGACCAGGGAGGAUGGAGACCCAGUGACCACGGAGGACAGAGGCCCAGUGACCAGGUGCCCCCUCUGCAGGUACCCAGCCCUCAUGGGGCCAACCUGGAAGCAGCGGGUCCUAAGCACCCUGCUGGGGGCCACAGUGGCCUCAGGUCUCACCACGCUCAUCCUCAUCCUGGUGGAGGCCACCAGUGUCCUCCUGCCCACAGACACCAAGUUUGGGGUCGUGUUUGACGCCGGGUCCACCCACACGUCCCUCUUUGUGUAUCGGUGGCCAGCAGACAAGCAGAACAGCACAGGCGUGGUCAGCCAGGCGCUGGCCUGCCAGGUGAAAGGGCCAGGCAUCUCUUCGUAUGCCUCUGACCCUGCGCAGGCUGGGGAGAGCCUGCAGGGCUGCCUGGAAGAGGCCCUGGUGAUUAUCCCACAAGCAAAACAUCAGGAAACGCCUGCCUUCCUGGGGGCCACUGCUGGCAUGAGGCUGCUCAGCCAGAAGAAUAGCUCCCAGGCCACAGCCAUUUUUGCGGCAGUCAGCCAGGCCCUGGGCCGGUCUCCCCUGGACUUUCGGGGUGCUGAGCUCCUGACUGGGCAGGACGAAGGUGCCUUCGGCUGGAUCACCAUCAACUACAUCCUGGGCAGGCUGGUCCAGUACUCUUUCUCUGGAGAAUGGAUCCGGCCCCUGGAGGGGACCCUAGUGGGCGCCCUGGACAUGGGUGGGGCCUCCACGCAGAUCACCUUUGUGCCCAGAGGCCCCAUCCUGGACGAGAGCAGUCAGGCCACCUUCCGCCUCUAUGGCUCUGAGCACCGCGUCUACACCCACAGCUACCUGUGCUUUGGCCAUGACCAGAUGCUGACUAGGCUCCUGGCUCAGCUGGUGCAGGCCAGCCCCGGCCCCGUGGUCUGCCACCCGUGCUACCAUAGAGGCUACCGGGCCAUGCUGUCCCUGGCCACCCUGUACGAGUCACCCUGUGUGCAUACCCUGCCCCCCCAACACGGGGCAGGGAACCUGACCGUGGAAGGAACGGGGAGCCCCACAGCCUGCGUCUCAGCUAUCCAAGGCCUCUUCAACUUCUCCAGCUGCGAGGGCCGAGGACACUGCACCUUCGACGGGGUCUACCAGCCCCCCGUGCAGGGCCAGUUCUAUGUGAGCACUGUCCUGUCCGCCCCCCGGGUCCCAGCCUCCUUCUGGAGCCCCAGGGGCCUGAUGCCAGGCCUUCUCGUCCUUUUACUACACCUUCGCUUUCUUGAACCUCACGUCCAAGCAGCCGCUGGCCACUGUCAACACCACUGUGUGGGAGUUCUGCCAGAGGCCCUGGAAGCAGGUGGGGGACAUGCGGGGUCCCCAGCACAACCUCCUGGUGCCCUAGGCUGCAGUAAUCACAGGCACGACCCAGGCCAUGUGCUUGGGUGGGUCCAGCCCCCAUGGGACGGGAGGGGUGCAUCCCCCGGCCCCUCACAUGCCGGCCCCCAGGUGAAGGCAAGCGCACCGGGGCAGGAGCGCUGGCUGCGUGACUAUUGUGCUUCGGGCCUGUACAUACUCACGCUGCUGCUGGAAGGCUAUGGCUUCAGUGAAGAGACCUGGCCCAGCAUCGAGUUCCGCAAGCAGGUUGGCGGCACCAGUAUCGGCUGGACGCUGGGCUACAUGCUGAACCUGACCAGCAUGGUCCCAGCCGCCGUGCCCGCCCAGUGGAGGGCCCAGAGUUAUGGCGUGUGGGCAGCAGGUGCUGGCUUCAUGGUGCUUACGCUCGGGGCCACUCUUGGAGCUGCUGCCGUCCACCUCCUCCGGACCCACGGCUGAGUGGGCCACCACCCACUGUUGGAGGCCCAGGCCCAGCUCCCACAGCCCGGGGCUGCCUUCUGCGCUACUGACCCAUAUGGCCUCCCUGUCCUGGGGGCCCUGGUCUCGCGCUCAGACGGCCACGCUCUGUCCUCAGGGUUGCUGUGGGCUGGUCAGGGUGUGCUGUGGUCCCCCUCCUGCUCCCUUCCCGCCUCCCCCUCCUGCCCCCCUCUGCUCCCCUCCCGUCACCCCCUGCUCCUCCCUUGCCCCCCUCAGCUUCCCUCCCACCCCCCUCAGACACCCCUCUGCUCCCCUUCCCCACUCCCUCUUUCUUCCUCCUCCCUCCCCAACCACCCCCCCCACCCUGCGCCUCCCUCCUACCCCCUCUCCCGCUCCCCCCCUGGUCACCCAGUCCUCCACCACACUUCCCCAGGGCAGUGUGGUCUACUGCAUUAGCAGGCUGUGGGGCCCAGUCAAGCCCAAAAGUGGGGGUGACCUCGUGGCAGGGAGGGGCCUGGCUCCCUGGGAGAGGCGGGCAGGGC